UGACAUCACCAUCCUGCCCGGUGGGGUUGGGAUGUGGCAUCAAACAACAAUUGACGUACGCAAAUCGGUUUUCUUUUUGCUCUUUUUGCAACCUGCGCAAGAAAUCGCCGAUUCUGGUUUCUUUUUCUUUUUUCCCGCUGAACUUACAUCGUCUUGGAUAUUGAGUGAGCCAUCCGGAACUUCCGGGACUGCCGGAGAUGCUGCUUUCCCUACACCUUGGGACCUACCUGAGUUGUCGGCCUGGCGUUUGGUGAUUGGUGGUAAUUGGACCGUCCUCUGCGUCCAGAUUGUUGAUUGAUGGAGAGGUCGCCGCUACCACACGGGACACACAGGGGUAAACAGAGGGCAGAGGGCAGACACAAACACACGCACGCACACACCAAAACACAGAACACCAAGCACUUUAUCUCAACACUCUGCUGCAGCAGGGUAACGAGUAGAGAGAGAGUGAGGAUGCGAAGCCCGCUCGCGAUAAGGCACCCAAUCGGCGAUGAUAAAGAUCCGGACCGCGGGCGUCCGAUUAUCUCGACGGUGUGCGGUUGAUAGCGAGUCAGAAGGCGCACGGCGAACAGUCAUCUGUUGACGGCCUUGCCUGAAACGUCACGCGAAUGGAGGGAGCGCAUUCCAGCUCUCCGGCAAGUCCGGUUUUUUGUUUCUUACUUUCGCACACAGCGCGCGCCGUGUGUGCGUGCGCGACAGUGCGUCGGUAGUGGUGGCGCACGGCAGCGCACGCACACCGUCAUCCCGGUACCGUACGGGUGUAGCGUGUCAGCUGCAUGUGUAUGUGCUUGUCAAUAUUUGUUGCCUCCGGCACACGUGUUGGAUAUUUGAAUUUUUAUUUAUAUUCCUGUUGGAAAAGUGCCUGUUGCGCCUGUACAAAACUCCUUCUCGAUUUCGGAUACACCGUUUCGUGUGCACUGGCGGAGGGCCAAACAUUCGGUUGUGCCUCCCCCUGGCUCGUAAAUUUUACAUUUAUGAGCCGAUCAAACCAUGCCAUUAAUUCGACGAAUCGAAUACAUUUUGAGGGGGGGGGGGGGGGGGGGGGGAACGGUAGUAGCUGGAAAACGGCACGUUUUAUAGUUGCGCCAUGAUGCAAACAUGAUGUUCACAAGCAAACUAUAUCCAAUAGACGUGUGUUUGUAAAUUGCCAAGAUGUACCAGUGAGGGCAAUGAUAUCAUCGUAUUCUUUGGAUCAUUGUCAAUUUUGGCUCUUUCUAAGGGGUUUGCCAUCUGGGAGGCACUUGAUUCAAUCAGUGCAAUUUGCAGUCACUAGCCGUUUUUUUCUUUUUUUUUUUUGCUAGUUUGCCCUUGAAAUCUAUACGCUUGCUCAAAAUUUAGAAAAUCAUUUUUAAUGAAGUUGAUCAGUGUUUGAUGUAUUGUAUUUAACAAACAGCUUAAAUUUUAUAUAAUUUUAAAUUAAUGCAAUCAAUAUGUUACAAUUUCAAUCGUAACAUGCACUUUUUACCUUUUCCGUAUUCCCUUUGGCAGCUGAAUUAUGUUUUAUUGGAGUAAAAUCUAUUGUUUUGCAAAAUAUAUUCUUAUGUAUGGUCAACUUAGGAACAAGGGUAAAAUAAACCUAUUUUCAUUUUUCAACCAAUAACGAAAACCGAAUUCAUUUGCAACCGUCGUUUAGUAUCUUCAGCGCCGUUUCUUUCAAUUCUUACAUUGAAUAUUGACUUUAUUCAUACAUAGUUGAUCUGAAAAGUCUAAGUGCUUGAACAGGUGGCGCAAACGAAAGAAAAAAAUAGAACAAUGACACACCGUUUUUGCUUUUUGAUUCGCCGAAAUUUACCAAUUCUGCAUCGUUCCCCCGAAACGGGUGAAUCUGUGACGCGCGAGUAUAAACGCUCCACCCCGCUUCGAAACGUCAAACCGUUCCGACAGCUCGAAAGGUGGGUAGCAAAAAAAAUAAACAACAAAUCGGAAAAGAAUUUGCAGCAAAGCGGCAUAAUCGAGGGCCAAAUCACGGGGCAUGUAGGCCUGCGGAACCGUUCGCCGGUGCAGAACGACUACCAAUCAACCCACAAGCAGCUAGCUGGGACUACAAUCAAACGCUCGCCUAACGCAAACACUAUCAGUACAUAAUUCCAACCCUUGGGGGGGGAAAAACUUGCCAAAAAUUGCGAAAUUCGUUAUCCCCAAUCGCCCUGGGUGGAUUAAGCGCAUAAAGACAGACCGUGUCCAUUCCUGCAAUUAAUCCGGCGCCCCAGUUAUCCGGGCAGUAACACUUAAAGAUGCAAAAGCUAAAGAUGUUCGUGCAGCGAAACCUGGUGACGAUCGUGAUGAUUCCAUCGCUGAUCGGUCUGCACUGGGCGUGGGACUCCCUGCAGCACAACCGAGCCCUCGUGUCCGACUACGAGCGCAAGGAUCUGCCGGUCGUAAUCGCGGCAAAAGCGCUAUGGCAGCGGGUUACCAACAAAGCAGAAUCCAGCGAACAGCAGCAGGACAAAUCGCAGUAACGUGCAUGGAAUUCUGCUCCUUCCAACACCAAGGAGCGCACCGGCUCGUUUUUGUACAUGAAUCGUUGUUUUGCAUCUCGCACCCGGCAGCACCAUCCCGGAAUCGGGGGGUUCGUUUGGCGGUAGCGAGGGCGACCUUGUAUGCGAAAUAAAUUAAAGCAUGAGUAGCGUUUAAA